AGAAUCGGUGCUGUUGGACACCGCGGGCAUCCCGCGGUGAGCUGGUGAGUCUGUCUGUGAUAGUCAUUGUUGGCCAAAUGUGAAAGUAUAAGUAGAGGCCGGAAUGCUCCCAGUAGAGCAUCGUGUUUCCUUUCAGUUUAACGAUUUUUGCUUUUGUCUUUUGAAGACUAAUUUUCAGUAACAAACACUCAUUCUUUCUUUCUGUCUUUCUCCAUACCAAUUUCUCGAAUUCUCAAGAUGACCGUUGCCAACAUCACCAUUUCUUCUCACCCCGUCGUGAUGCAACAAAUCGAGUUGCUUCGUGAUCGCACGCUCUCUCCUUCGGCUGUUCGUGCGUCUAUUGACGAGAUUGCCCGGUGCCUGGCCUACGAAACGACAAGAGACUUGAGUCCCUCCAAGUCGGUCUCCAUCGUCCCCGUCCUUCGCUCCGGUAUGUCGAUGAUGAGCGCCUACUCCACUGUGCUGCCCGACGUCCCCAUCUUCCACAUUGGCAUCUUCCGUGAAAAGGCCUCUCUCCAACCCAUUGAGUACUACAACAAGCUUCCCAAACAAUGCACCGAUGUCGCCAUCGUCCUCGACCCCGUUGUGGCCACGGGCGGCACCGCUAACGCCGUCAUUGCAACUCUCAAGGAAUGGGGUGCCAAGGAGAUCAUCUUCGUCAGCGUCCUUGCUGGCACCCAGGGCCUGAAACGCUUCGAAAACAUGCCUGGUGUCCACUUUGUCGUCGGCGCCGUCGAUGCCAAGCUCGACGCCAGCGGCUACCUCGUUCCCGGCAUCGGCGACAUUGGAGACCGCCUCUACGGUGUUUCUGCUUAGACGUUGCGCGUCAGUCUGCGCACACCUGGCUUGUAAAGCCUUUUUGUUUACACCUUUUUCGUUAAGAAUACUAUUAUUUUUUACUCCACA